UAUGGAUUAAUUAUGAAAGUGUUGGAAUUGUAUAGCGGUAUUGGCGGAAUGCAUUAUGCACUUCAAGAAAGUGGUAUUAAAGGCGACAUUGUUGCAGCAGUUGAUAUAAAUACCAUUGCAAACAGUGUAUACAGGCAUAAUUUCCCAAAUGUGUUACUUAUGAAUCGUAAUAUUCAAGCCCUGUCUGCAGACGAGAUAAAUGACUUAAAUAUAGAUGCUAUAUUAAUGAGUCCUCCAUGUCAACCUUUCACAAGGGUAGGACUUCAGAAAGAUGUAUUAGAUAACAGGUCUUUGUCACUACUUCAUGCUCUUUCGUUAAUUCCUCAAAUAAAAACAUUAAAAUAUAUAUUGCUUGAAAAUGUAAAAGGAUUUGAAAAGUCCGAGAUGAGAAAUGCAAUAUUAAAAUGUAUUGGUGAUUGUGGGUUUAAUUAUAAAGAAUUAAUUCUAAGCCCUUGUCAAUUCGGUAUUCCAAAUAGUAGGUACAGAUACUACCUAUUAGCUAAAAGAAAAGAUCUUGAAUUUUGUUUUGAUGAUAGUAUAUUAAAUUUUAAUCUCCCAGAAACUGUUUUAAGAGCUCUACCAAAAAAUAGACAUAAGUUAUUAGCAGAAAAGAUUAUUUCUAAAAGAAAUAAAAGCUGCUAUAUGUUACACACUAUUUUAGAAAAUGUUGAAGGGUCACAAUACCUAAUUCCCAGAAAGUUGUUACAAAAGAGAGCUUGGUUGUUAGAUAUAAGAACAUCACAAAGUGAUGGUUCUUGUUGUUUCACAAAAGCUUAUGGCCAUUAUAUAGAGGGUACUGGCUCUGUAUAUUGUCCAUAUUCAGAAGAGGUUAUUAAAGAAGCAUUUUUAGAAGCAAGUAAAUAUGACAAGCAAUCGUUAAAAGUAUCAGACAUUCUGGAAAAACUGAAGCUAAGAUACUUUACACCUAAAGAAGUGUGCAGGUUAAUGUGUUUUCCAGAAGAGUUUACAUUUCCAGAACAUGUGACAUGUAAACAGAAGUACAGACUACUGGGAAAUUCAAUUAAUGUACACGUAGUUAGCAGAUUGAUAUUUUUAUUAUAUACUGAAAAAAAAAUUACAUGA